AAGGCAAAACACAUUUUUGUUUAAUUUUUGAAGAAGUGUGCCAAUUUUUAAAAAUUUAUAGCGUUAAUAUGAGUUUGGCCAGCAUUAAACAGAAAGAAGUUAAGGGCAAAAAGAAAGUGCUGCCCAAACUGCGCAAUAUCCUGGCCAAUCCUUACAAACAGCACAGUCCUCUUUUGUCGGAGGAGGAAGUGCAGCAGUUUCGGCAGAUACUGCAAAAUGCAGUUAAAAACAGCGGCGGAGAGACCAAGUCAUUUGCCACUCGAUUUGGCAUACAUCUCGGCCUGGAGAGCUCCCUGCGCGCCAUAAACUCCCGGCGUUUCUCCUGCCUAUUGGUUUCCCUGAGCCUGCGACCAGCUCACCUCGUCCGUUUAAUGGCCACUAGUGCAUCCGUCAAGAUGCCCACGGCUCCCAUUUACGCACAGCCCAAGCUGGAGGAGCUUACCCAUGAAAUCUUUGGAGUAAGAGCGCUUUCCUUGGCCUUGCCUCUAGAUUUAAAAUCAAUAAGCGCGGACUUGGAACAGUGGAUUACUGCCCGAAAGAGGACACCUAAGCCUGCCAAGCAGAUAGCCCCAAAAACGCACAAGAAAUCCAAGAGGAAACCCGAAAUAAUCCAACCAAGUGAAGAUGAAAAAAAGCCGCCGCUACCAGUGGCUGAAAAGAAGGAUUGGGGUGACGAUUUCAUAUCCUGCUUUUCGGACAAACCCUCUGUAAAGCUGGACCGCGUGGAUGUCCAGGUGGAGACCCAAAAACUGGGCCAUGCCCUCAGUAACCUGGCUAUGAAAGCCCAAAGCAAAAAGCCGAAAGUAGAAGUCAAAUGUAACCCAGUCAAAGAGGAGAAAACGCCCAGCGUAGAGCCCCUGGAGUUAGAGCCAGAUGAAGACGACUUUCUGCCCGGAGAUUUGCAGAACUAUCGCCAUCUUACUAUCCACCAAGUACGUCCAAAUCCCGACAAGAAACCCAAAAAGAAGCGCAACAAAAAGGCCACCAAGUCCUAGAGAUGGUUGGCAACGCAACCGCAUCAGCUGUAGUUUUUAGGUUAUGUUAUUCAGUUAUUUAUCGUAAUUGGUAAGGCGGCGCACACAAAAUGCUCCGGAGUUUUCGUCAAAUAGCACGACUAGGAAGAUCCCUAAAGACGCCAAUUGCAACCAGAAGUCUGCCCAAACUCGCCACCACCUUAGGACAGCAGGCUCCCUUGCACACCAGUGUUUCCGCGUGGAAGUACGACAAGAAAUCCUCGCGAGCAUCGGAUGACUUGGACAGCGACGACGAGGAUGAUGAGGAUUUCAAAGAUGAACGGGACUCCAAGGUGGUCAAGACCAAGGUGAACUCACUGCGCGCGGAUCUUCUCCUGAAAGCUGGUCUGGGCAUGGCGAGAAACAAAGUAGAACUGAAUUUCUACGAGAGCAAGAUACGCGUCAAUGGGAAAAAACUGCCCAAAAAGAGCGCCCAGCUGGAAGUCGGCGACGAUAUUGACGUAAUCCGGGGCUUCAGUCAAUCGAAUCCUUCUCACCUGGUCGUGGCCCGCGUCUCCAUCCUCUCCGCCAGCGAACGCGAGGAAGGACUCAGCGUCCACCUGAGGCGCUACAAAUCCCUGCUGGUCGAGAACUACCGGGCACCCAACGCCUUCAAAUCCUCGGAACACGUUGCUCAUUAAAACCAAUUAGAAAUAAAGAGUGCUGCAAAGCUUUACUAUUAAGCGUAAA